CUCGCGCACCUCCACGAGCCGGCGAUCCUGGAGGCCCUGAAGCGGCGCUACGACCACAAGAGCAUCUACACGUCCGUCGGGUCGAUCCUGCUGGCCGUGAACCCCUUCAAGCGCGUCCCGAAUUUGUACGCGCCCGAGACCUUGGAGUCGUACCGGCGCGUCGGCGCCGCGCGCUUCGCGUCGCCGGACAGCUGCGCGGCGCCCCUGCCCCACGUUUAUGGGGUUGCGGACAAGGCCUACCGCGCCAUGCUGCGGGGCCUCGUCGACGCCGCGAGCGGCGCGGCGUCCGGCGCCGCGGACCAGUCCAUUUUAGUAUCGGGAGAGUCGGGCGCGGGCAAGACGGAGAGCGCGAAGAUCAUCAUGCGCUACCUCGCCAUCGUCUCCGCCGCGCGGGGGCUCAAGGACGUCACGGAGACGGCGCGCCUCGAGCCCAAGGCCGAGUCCGUCGAGCGCCACGUCUUGGAGUCGAACCCGCUCCUCGAGUCGUGGGGCAACGCGCGGACGCUCCGCAACGACAACAGCAGCCGCUUCGGCAAGUGGAUCGAGCUCGAGUUCGACGGCGUCGGGCGCCUCCACGGCGCGAACAUCAAGACCUACCUGCUGGAGAAGGUGCGCCUCGUGCACCAGGCCGACGGCGAGCGGACGUUCCACGCGGUCUACGAGCUCUGCAACGGCCUCGAGGCGGGCGAGGAGCGCGACGCGCACGGCUUGACGGGCUGCGCCGCGCCGGAGGCCUGGGAUUUGUUGGCGUCGUCGUCGCGGCGGGACCGCGACGACGGCGUCGACGACGCGGCGAUGCUCCGCGAGGUCCGGCGGGCCGGCGACGUCAUGGGCAUCCGCGGCGACGACAUGCGCGCGCUCUACGCCUGCCUCGCGGGCCUGCUCCGUCUAGGCAACGUCCAGUUCGAGGAGGAGGAGCACGCGACGGUGGACAACAAGGCCGUCGUCGCGGAAGCGUCGAAGGGCGAUCUGGACGCGGCCGCGGCGCUCCUGGGCCUGGAGCCGGCGGACGUCGCGAAGGCGCUGACGACGCGGUCGUUGGCCGUCAAGGAGGAGGGCGCGCGCGAGGAUUCGAAGAUCGAGACGAGCGUGUCCGCGCGCGAGGCGCGCGAGGCGUGCGUCGGCGCGUGCAAGGCCGUCUACGCCCUGCUCUUCGCGCACGUCGUCGCGGAGGGCGGCCGCAACGGCGCGGCGCCGCCGGAGGCGCGGCGCCGCGCGGCGUUCAUCGGCAUUUUGGACAUCUUCGGCUUCGAGGUGUUCGACGACGGCAACUCCUUCGAGCAGCUCCUGAUCAACUACACGAACGAGCGCAUGCAGAAGAACUUCAACGACUUUGUGUUCGAGUCGGAGCAGAAGGAGUACGUCGCGGAGCGCGUCGAGUGGAGCUUCGUCGACUUCCCGUCGAACGUGUCCGUGCUCAAGCUCCUCGAGGGCAGCCCGGGCGUGCUGAAGCUCGUCGACGACGAGUGCUGGUUCCCCAACGGCACGGACAAGGCGCUGGCGACGAAGCUCUACCGGUCCUUCGGGGGCGCGGCGCCGGAGACGGAGAAGCCGAAGCCCUCGAAGAAGAAGAAGAACGGCGCCUUCCGCAUCCGCCACUACGCGGGCAGCGUCGAAUACCUCACCGAGGGCUUCCUCGCGAAGAACCGCGACGCGCGGUCGUCGGACCUCGACGGGCUGUUGAAGGGCUCGUCGCGGGAGUGCGUGACGUUCCCGCUCGUGCUCCUGGAGCAGCAGGCCGGCGGCAAGAUGACGCUCGCGACGCAGUUCAAGUUCCAGCUGCGGUGCCUCAUGGACCGCGUCGCGCUGACGGCGCCGUCCUACGUGCGCUGCCUCAAGCCCAACGACCGGAACAAGCCGGGCCUCGUCGACGCGAAGAGGCUCGUCGAGCAGCUCCGCUACUGCGGCGUCCUAGAGGCCGUCCGCGUCGCGCGCGCGGGCUACGCCGUGCGCAUGCCCCACGGCGAGUUCGCGGCGCGCUACAAGGCCCUGGCCGCCGACGACGCGGCCUGGUCGCUCGCGGACAGCUCCGACGCGGGCGACGCGCGCCGGGCCGCGGACGACGUCGCGGCGGGCGACGUGGAGGGGCGGAACCGGGUCCUGGGCGCCGCCGUGGGCCUCACGAAGGUCUUCCUGCGCCAGUUCUCCUACGACGGCCUCGAGAGCCUCCUGAGCCACCGGCUCAUGCGGUCGGCGACGGCCGUGCAGACGGUCGCGCGCGGCGCGGUCCGGAGGCACGCCUACGGCCGCCUGAAAUUCAUGGCGGCCUUCUUCGUCGCCAAGCUCAAGUUCCGCUUCGCGCGGCGCCGCGCGAAGGCGGUCUUGGUGCAGACCCGGAGCCGGCGGAACGCCGCGCGGCGCCGCUUCGCGCGGUCGCGCCUCGCCGUCGUCUGCUUCCAGUGCGCGCGGCGCUUCCGCGUCGCCCGGCGGCGCCGCCGCGGCGCCGUGGCGCUGCAGCUGGCGCUCGCGCGCGUGCCCCGCGCGCGGCGCGCGGCCGCGGCCGCGCGCGUCGCGCGCCGCGGCGCGCGCGCCGCGACGACGCUCCAGUCGAACGUGCGCAUGGUCCUCGCCAUCCGCCGCAAGGUCCAGCGCAAGCGCGACCUCCAGGACGUCGACAAGCUCAAGAGCGAGCGCGCGCGUCUGAUGCGCAUGCUCGACUCGCUCCGCAAGGACCUCGGCGAGGUCCAGAAGCGCGCGAGCGGCAGCGACGACCAGGCGAAGCAGUAUUUGGACAUCAUCCGCGACCUCCAGAACGAGGUCAAGGCCCUCAAGGUCGCGGAGACGAAGGCGAAGCUCGCCAAGGAGAAGGAGGCCUGCGGCCCGCAGAUCACCAUGGACCUCUUCGGCGACGCGGAGGUCCCCGGCGGCCGGACCGAGGAGGACGUCGACGGCGUCCAGGUCUGCGGCUGCGUGCCCGCGUAG